ACGGCUCACUGAGACGGCAGGGCGCCUGGAAACAGGUUUCAACAGCGCAGAGCAGAGAGAGGCUAUCAGGUUUGUCGGGCAGCUAGAGCAGCAGAAGAACAUUGCGGAGUCCGGACCUGUGUGUUGUGUAUAGUAGGUCGGAUUUUUUCCUCAAAAUUCUGUCAGCGAUAUUUUUUGAUUUUGGGGGACCUUCAACAUCUCUGCGCAACGGCGGGGAGAAGCAAAAACAACCAAAAGUUACGCAGGAAGGGAGUACAUUUACAAGGAAAGAAAAACCCAACAAAGAAAGGGAGCGGGGAAGUAGUUUAUCGCUAGCUGGCGAGCUAGCUAGUUUUGGAAGAAACCGCAAAGAAAGUAUGUCUGUGGCCGUGCGUAAUGCUUUCGCAAUGGAUUAUAACAGAGUACUGUGUAUAUUUUUGCAGGUGUUUUUAUUGAUCAGUUUAGGAUCUAUAAGGGUAAAUGGACAGUAUGGCGACCGGGGAAUGUCUAUUCCGGAGCACGGCUUUUGCCAACCGAUUUCUAUUCCACUUUGUACGGACAUCGCAUACAACGAGACCAUCAUGCCAAAUUUACUAGGACACACAACCCAGGAGGACGCAGGGCUCGAGGUACACCAGUUUUAUCCGCUUGUGAAAGUUCAGUGUUCUCCUGAUUUAAAGUUUUUCCUCUGCUCCAUGUAUGCGCCUGUGUGCACCGUGCUUGAGCAGGCGCUUCCCCCGUGCAGGUCACUGUGCGAGAGGGCGAGACAGGGCUGCGAGGCGCUCAUGAACAAAUUCGGUUUUCAGUGGCCGGAAAGGCUCGUGUGCGAGUCUUUCCCGGUUCACGGAGCGGGCGAGCUGUGUGUCGGGCAGAAUAUGUCGGGUCAAAGCACACCGGUCAAUCCCACCCCCGAUGUAACGGAGCCUCCGCAUGAUACUGGGAUUGUAAAAGGACAGUUCAAGUGCCCGGCUUCUCUGAAAGUACCCACUUAUUUGAAUUACCGUUUUCUCGGUGAGGAUGACUGUGGCGCACCGUGCGAGCCAAAGAAAUCUAACGGAAUGAUGUACUUCAGCGAGGAAGAGUUAAAAUUCGCCAGGAUAUGGAUAGUAAUMUGGUCCGUGUUAUGUUGUGCAUCCACGUUAUUUACCGUUCUAACCUAUCUGGUGGACAUGAAGCGCUUCAGCUACCCUGAGCGUCCUAUUAUCUUCCUAUCCGGUUGCUACACYAUGGUAUCCAUUGCCUACAUAGCUGGAUUUCUCCUUGAGGACAAGGUGGUUUGCAAUGACAGGUUUGACAACGACAUUAGRACUGUGGUGCAGGGUACCAAAAAGGAGGGAUGUACCAUCCUCUUCAUGAUGUUGUAUUUUUUCAGCAUGGCCAGCUCCAUCUGGUGGGUCAUCCUGGCCCUCACCUGGUUCCUGGCAGCAGGGAUGAAGUGGGGUCACGAAGCCAUCGAGGCCAACUCGCAGUACUUCCACCUGGCGGCGUGGGCUGUGCCCGCCAUUAAGACCAUCACUAUCCUGGCGGUGGGCCAGGUGGACGGGGAUGUCCUUAGCGGYGUGUGCUUCGUGGGCAUCAACAGCGUGGAYGCUCUCCGAGGCUUCGUCCURGCRCCGCUCUUUGUCUACCUCUUCAUCGGCACCUCGUUCCUCCUGGCCGGCUUCGUGUCUCUGUUCCGGAUCAGAACCAUCAUGAAGCACGACGGCACCAAGACGGAGAAGCUGGAGAAGCUGAUGGUGAGGAUAGGGAUCUUCAGCGUGCUCUACACCGUCCCCGCCACCAUCGUCAUCGCCUGCUACUUCUACGAGCAGGCCUUCCGGGAGCAGUGGGAGAGGACGUGGAUCAGCCAGACGUGUAAGACGUAUGCCGUGCCCUGUCCGGCCCACCCACACCCCAACAUGAGCCCCGACUUCACCGUCUUCAUGAUCAAGUACCUCAUGACUCUGAUCGUGGGGAUAACGUCCGGGUUCUGGAUCUGGUCUGGGAAGACCCUCAACUCCUGGAAGAGGUUUUAUACGAGACUGGCUAACAACAACCAGGGAGAGACCACGGUGUGAAUGGUCUGAGUGGGGUGAGACCUCUGGAUGUACUUUAGCCUAUGAUGGGUGUCCCCCACACACAUAAAAAACUGUUUAUUUACAGACUGAAUGAAUGAUAAUCGUUUUUGGACUUAAUUGCCAUGCAGAGACACUCAUUGGUACAUGAUGUUUCUAUUGUACAUAAAACAUUUUGUGAGAUUUUUGUAAGUAUAUAUUUGUAUUUAAAGAUCAAAAUUCUCUUUUUUAGUUGUUUCCCUCUAUUAAAACCAACAUUUAUUUGACACACUUUGGGCAUAAUGGAAAUGGACCUUGGUGAUAAAGAGCCAGCUGCCUGAGCAUUUAGCAUUAAGGAUGUGGUUGUCUUAGGACCUGAGUUGGCUUGGUCACUGCUGGGAGAGGGUUGUAGCUGUGUUUGAUCAGUAGACUGGCUCGGAACAUGGUUUCUAUUCUAAGCAGCAGAGUUCUGUGAAAAACAAUUGCUUCCUCGUGGGUCCUUAUCCCCCAUUAUACUGCUGUUCUUUCUGUCCAACUGUUCUCUUCUAUUCAACAUAUUUCUAAAUGCCUAAAUGCCUGGGAUUUGAAGGUUAAAAAUACAAUCAACAUGUAUUUUAAAACGAGGUAUAGGUUUGGGAUUAUGUGUUCAACAUAUUUCUAAAUGCCUGGGAUUUGACGGAUAAAAGUACAGUCAGCAUCUUUAUAACAAGAAAGUGGGUAUAGGUUUGGUAUUGUGUGCACAUGUACUGUGUAGCCUACAUGACACGAAUCCUCCAAAUACACAUGUUUUUAUAACCUACAGUACUUUAAGCUAGGAUGAGAACAUUUAGCCCCAAAUUUAGCCCGAAUACUUUCACCAAAGUUAAAAGCCAUAUUUUGGUGAUUACAACAAAAUAUUUUAAUAGAAUGAAAGUAAACCAUUUGCAGGAUCUUUUCAACAUUUUGUUUAUGUGUUUCAGAUAUCCUUGCUGCCUAUUAACACAGAACAGACACACCUUGUUUGUGCCUUUUGUUUACCUUUUUGAGCACUUUGAGGAGAAAUACUAGCCUGGUCCCAGAUCUGUUUGUGCUGUCUUGCCAUCCCCGAAGGACCAUAGGAGUAGGCAGGACAGCACAAUCAGGUCUUGGACCAGGCUAGGGGAAUACAGAAUGCUGGACAGAGACAGCUCAGACUCAGAGGUGGGUUACAUAACACAUCAGCUGCACCCCUAAUGCUUUCUCACAGACAGACAGACAUACAGACAGCUGAAAUACCAGUCCUUCACUAAUGAACAAGUUGAAAUACGCAGUAGCCUACUCUACAGCCGGCUGUAUAAUUGGCUUAUAAAAACUGAAAAGAAAUUCAUAAUUGAAGGAGAUAGGACAGUGCGUUUUGUAAUUUUCAGACCUACAGGUAAUCAGAGUCAGAAAAUGAAUAUUCCCCACAAGGUAAUUGUUGGCAAAAUGUGGCCGUUUUUUUUUUUACAAUUGUCCCAGGUGGCAGCUUGAAGCAGUCCCCUUUCACCCCUGAGUCAUUUCUCUCCUGAUUAAGUGCGUGCUUGUGUUUGUGUGUGCACACAUGCUCGUGUGUGUUUGUGGGUGCUAACCAUGCAGGAUGAGCAGCUGUCUUUAGGCUUUAUAAAGGAAGACACCGUGAUCUGUCCCCACCUCAAACAUCUUCUGUUAUGCUCUUGUCAAAUGCAUGACAGUUAUUUCACCCUAAAUGCAUGGAUGGCUCUCUAUUAAACAACAUGUUCAUGCCUUUGACAUCUAUUAUGUUUCAUUCUGGUAUUCUGCAUUUGUUUGWUACUAAAAACAUUAUAUUUAUAGAAACAUUUCUUUAUAUCCACACUGAUUACUUUAAAGAAUAAAAAAUCCAACCUUUGCACCAAC